AUAUUUCAAGAUGGCACUCACACCCGUUUCCGGUGCACAUCAUGUGCCAUGCGGCAAACAAAAUGAAUUACGCGAUACGGUAUUGUUGAAAUAAAUAAGAAAUUUCGGUGUCCAGAACUGCUAAAAAAUGUCGAAACUCUACAUUCUGUUUGAGCAUGCCGCAGGCUAUGCAGUUUUCCUCGUCAAAGAGUUCGAGGAAGUGGGAAUGCUUCUUCCCCAAGUGGAGGCAUCUGUAACAGAUUUAUCCCGCUUCGCCCAAGUGGUAAAACUUAUAGGGUUUUCACCAUUUAAAACAGCACUGACUGCAUUAGAGAACGUAAACAGCAUUUCGGAAGGUAUCGUUCCAGAAGAUCUGAAGCUCUUUUUGGACUCGUGUAUUCCUAAAGCCAAGAAAAAAGAGAAAGUGGUACUCGGAGUUGCUGAUUCGAGACUUGGAGCCAGUAUCACUGAAGCUCUUGGGAUCAAAUGUGACCACACUGGAGUGGUACCUGAAGUAAUUCGAGGGAUAAGAUUUCAUUUCCCGAAACUUGUGAAGGGAUUCACGGCAAAGAGCGCGGGAAUUGCUCAGCUUGGUCUUGGCCACAGUUAUUCGAGAGCCAAAGUAAAGUUUAAUGUAAAUCGAGUCGAUAACAUGAUUAUCCAGAGUAUCGCUUUGCUUGAUCAGUUAGAUAAGGAUGUCAACACGUUCAGCAUGCGUAUAAGAGAAUGGUACAGUUAUCACUUCCCAGAGCUUGUAAAAAUCGUCCCCGAGAAUUACAUGUACGCUAAAGUUGCCCAGCUCAUUAAGAACCGGAAGGAGUUGAAUGAAGAGAAACUGGAGGCCUUGGAGGAAAUCGUGAUGGAUAGCGUGAAAGCUCAGGCGAUCAUCGACUCCUCGAAAUCGUCCAUGGGAAUGGACAUCAGUCCCGUCGAUUUAUUGAACAUAGAAAUGUUCGCCGGACGAGUUAUCGCUCUCGCUGAUUACAGAAAACAGCUCGCUGAAUAUCUGCGAGCCAAAAUGGCCGGUGUGGCUCCCAAUCUCGCGACAUUGAUCGGCGACCAGGUAGGAGCGAGAUUGAUUGCUCACGCCGGAUCUCUCACGAAUCUCGCAAAAUAUCCCGCAUCUACGGUUCAAAUUCUGGGAGCGGAGAAGGCGCUCUUCAGGGCUCUGAAAACGAAAGGAAAUACGCCCAAGUAUGGCCUCUUAUUCCACUCGACUUUCAUUGGUCGCGCUGGUACGAAAAACAAGGGCAGGAUUUCGAGAUACCUCGCCAACAAGUGUUCCAUCGCCUCCAGAAUUGACUGUUUCACGGACACGCCCUCUUCCGUUUUCGGCGAGAAACUGCGCCAGCAAGUCGAGGACAGAUUGAAGUUCUAUGAAACUGGAGAUGUUCCGAAGAAGAACAUCGAUGUGAUGCAAGAAGCAAUUGAAGAAGCGGCGCAAUCAGUUGUCGCUGAGGAAGAGGUCCCGAAAAAGAAGAAGAAGAAGGACAAGAAGCGAAAGAGGGAGGAGGAAUUGCAGAAUGGAAAAUCGAAUGGCAAGUCGAAUGGUGUUGCGAAAGAGGUAGUAGUGGAGGAAGAAGAAAUUGCAGAAGAGCCGCCGAAGAAAAAGAAAAAGAAGAAGAAAUCGAAAAGUAUUGGAGAAUAUGACGGCGAUGGUUUGUCAUUACACAAUACUACAGUUUAAUUAUUUGAAUCGGUAAGAAAGUAGGGUUAGGUAUACUUUUGGAAAUGCUUAUAAUUGAAAACAGGCUGCAAGAGAAUUUGAGAGUUUAUAAGAAGUAGAGUUACAUUUUUUUAACGCCUGGAUUUUUGAUUUUAAGAAAAUUUAUUGUAGAGGAAUAGUUUUUAUAAUAAAUUUGUUAUUAAAGUGGAAAUCACAGUUAUUUAGAUUGACAAAAGAGUUGGUUUUAUGUAACAUUUAACAUAUUGUAAAUAGUCUCUGAAUCUGCGCAUAGUCAAAUUAAUCUCAACUGGACACCGAUUUUCUUUAUGAAUGCUACAUGACAAACAAUGAAUUGUGUUUGAAACGAUUCAGUUUAAUCAAGAAUGAGAAUUGUGAAAACCCAGUUUAAUUUCUCAACUUGGAGAUUUUAAUUUUGCGACAAUAUUGACUCUUUAAUUGCAAGAGUUGUGACGAUUACGUUGCAGUCAACUGAGUUUGCGCAAAACUACAACUGAAUAAGAUGAUAAAAGGACAUUUUGUUUAAACUAUUUUUUCCAAUGAAAAACUAUUCGAAUAUUUUGUAUCAUAUCUCAGUACAUUCAAGUACAUUCACCUGUAUUUCUAUAGAAUGUAUCAUUUGAAGAAAAAAAAGAAAAAAAAUGAAUAAAAAAAGUAUCACAAAAA